AUGUCGACUGCUGCCAUAUACAUCCUCUCCUCCCUUAGGUGCGUGGUUGGAGUAUCAUUUCUCGCCGUCCCUACACAUAUCGCCCGCAUCUUAUGUGUACCCCCAACACCUCCCGCGUUGAGCAUCAGUCGAGUCGGCGGCGUCCGCGAUAUUGUGUUUGGAGCUGCAUUGCCAGCCGCGAAACCACCAACCAUGAAACGGAACAUUCUUGCCAUGGGUGUUGUGUCGGAUACCGUGGACAUUGUUGCUGUUAGCAUCUUCUAUGCAACCGGACACAUCGAUGGCUUUCCAGCCACGGCGCUUAGAAGUGGAUCAUUGCUCUUUUUGGUUUUGGGGUUGGUUGGUCUAAGAGAACUCCGAAUUGCGCCGGGUCGCUAUAUAAAUGAAGGAUACCAAUAA